GGCAGAGCAGCAGAGCCCUGCAAGGAGCACAGCCUCGGUACGCCACUGCCUGCCCACUGCAGAGAUGAUGCGAGCAACUGCCUUCCUGCUGGUGCUCAGCCUGGCGCUGGUGGUUCCUGGACUCUCUACAAGAAAGCUGUGUGUGCUGACCGGGAGCUGGGUCAAUGACCUGGGCUCCAACAUGACCAUCGGGGCUCUCAAUGGAAAAGGCGACUUUACUGGCUCGUACCACACGGCCGUGACAGCCACCAACAACAAGAUCCUGAGAUCCCCACUACAGGGCUCCCAGCACAGAGAGAACCAGAAGAGCCAGCCCACCUUUGGCUUCACUGUCAAUUGGAAAUUUUCAGAUUCUGUCACUGUCUUCACGGGCCAGUGCUUCGUGGAUGAGACUGGAAAGGAGAUUUUGAAGACCAUGUGGCUCCUGCGGUCAAGUGUGGACAGCAUCAAUGAUGACUGGAAGGCCACCAGGGUUGGCAUCAAUGUCUUCACCCGCUUGCAGCUGCAGGAGUGAGGGUGGUGACGUGGGGCUGCUGCUGCACACUCCUGCCACACCACUUGCCUCUCCCAAUAAAGCUUUGUUGCAAACA